AGAGUUUAAUUUCCUGUUCCUGAAACAGUGGUCUUAUAUGAGUAGCUGCGACUCUUCCCUUCAAGAGAAACUACGGCUAGGGAUUAGAAACCAUCUUUUGGGUAAAAUAACUUGUAUUAGUCAGUCAUUGUGAUUUUACGGAACUGCAAAAGAUUUGAGUCAAGAGAAAAGAUGCAAUUAUGUCAAAAAUUGUGGUCACAAAAUUUCGCGAAGGAAUAUUAAAAAGCAUGAUUUGUGGCUUCUUAGUACAUGCCACAAUAUUUACACCGCCUGUAAUACGCAGAUGUAUUUGAUUCUAAAUUUUGAUUCACAGGAGGGCCGAGUUCAUGUAAAAGGUGAAUUACGGUGAACCCGAGAAAAGACGACUGCGUUUGUUAGCUGGAAGGUUACUUAAAACUAACAUCUUUUGCUAAAACGAGGUAGGCUGAGUGAAACCGGAGGCCGAUCAGUUAAUAUUCGGAAUGAAAAUGUGGCGGAAGUAAAUCCUGUGCAGAUGGAAACAAAAAAGGAAAGACAUCCGAGCAAGUAUAAUGACCAGACUCACUGUGGGUUUUCCUUGGUUUUUAAAAAGAGUCUUUAAAAAAAAAUCAGCAAAGGAACACUGUAGAACAUAACUGAAGGAACGUUGUAUUUCAAGCCGGCUGAAAAUGAGGGGAAACUUCUCUAACGACAGAAACCUCAGCCCAAUUGAAGAUUUAUUCUGCGUGCCUGGUCUAGACAGUCAUGUAGAUACAUUUCUGUCAGCAUUGAAUAUUCUUCUAUCCAUCACUGCAUUUCUGGAGAAUGUCCUGAUCAUUGUUGCUUUUAAAAAGGUGUCGUCUCUUCAUCCGCCAUCGAAACUAUUGCUAGGUUGCCUGGCGACCACUGACCUCUGUGUGGGCCUCAUCACGCAGCCUAUCUACGCAUACGGUCUGUUGUCUCCAGAACAUUCCAAACGUUGUUCCCAUUCUGCCAUCCUUUCUAAGACGAUAGGUGUAAUUUUUUGCGGCGUGUCUUUGCUUACACUGACCACAAUAAGUGUAGACAGACUUCUUGCCCUAUUGUUAGGGCUAAGGUACCGACAAGUGGUAACUUUGCGACGAAUAUGGGCCCUCGUUGUUAGUUUUUGGCUUGCUAGCACUGCCUCCGCAAUAUUAUCACAUUAUUUCUACGGUGUUGCUUUGGCCAUUAUGUGCAUAGCAAUGUCAUUAUGUACAAUAACCUCAACCUUUUGUUACAUGAAAAUCUAUCUUAAUCUUCGUCAUCGCCAAACUGCAGUUCAAGACCAUGUUCAACAAAGACAACCGAACGGAGGGCGGCGUUCACUGAACACAGCACGUUACAGAAGAACAGUGACCAGCGCACUGUGGGUGCAGAUAACAUUUUUGACUUGUUAUACUCCAUUUGGUGUAGUCGCAGCUAUAUUUGUAGCUACUGGAUUACGCACGCCAUCUCUUGUCCUCGCUUGGGAUGUAACAGAUACUCUUCUCAUGUUUAACUCUUCUUUGAAUCCACUUCUGUAUUGUUGGAAGAUGAGAGACGUGAGGCAAGCCGUUAAGGAAACGAUCAAGCAGUUGAAUUGCUUCUCUGGUUAAUCGCCUUUUGGACCCGAAGGCCUAUCGCUUAUAGAUAUCUAGCCAGUUAUCAGCGUAUGCCUUUUAUUCAAAAUACGGUACUGAAACCAUGCGCAGUUAGGAACGAAGGUAGGGCAUCGGAAAGAGAGACAACUCGAGGGAAAGAUGACUUGUUCCUUGUCUGACUGAUUUAUUCAUCUUUUUUGUUCGCAAUUGUCUUCCCUCUCAGAAGACGUAUGGAUCGCGUGUGACCUCCCCGCUGCCACCUUGCUAUGAAGCACCGUGUUGGGUUGACUCCAUAAUGAUAACCAUGUACAAGGUAGCUAUUAGAAAAAACGAAGAUUCCUGCAGAAGUAAGGUGAUUUAACUGUUUACUAGGACACCAGUUUUCGUGUUAUUGCCGAGAAGCUAAGUCUGUUCAGUGCUAAACUAUUAAGUUUGUCUUGAGUUGACAUUGAGUGACAUUGAGUUAUGGUGACUUUUAGCUCGUACUAUUUCUUUUAUUACCAUCUUCCAUAAUCAUAUGUUUACAAUAAGGACAUUAAAUUAAGAAACUAUUUAACUAUUUAUUUAAGUAAUUAAGCCGUAAAAAACUGACUUAAAUUAUAGUUGGUUCACAAAGUUCUUGUUCAAUUGCAAGAAAUAAUAGUGUUUUUACAAUCACAUGUUUACAACAAAUAUAUAUAUCAAACAUUUAAAAAAGACGACACACCUUCUAAAUUUGCAACACAUGUUUCGGAUACUCUGUAUCCAUCUUUAGUUAAAGGAUGUUUACAAGUGAGUGACUUUAUAUAAAGUAGAUAGGUGUAAAUUACAAAAUGUAGAAUAAUAGUUAGAAAUCAGUGAAAAAGAUACAUAAUACUUAAGGGCCAGUACAACAGAGUGAAAGAAUAAAAAGGUGCAAAACUGUGAAAAAUGCUGACUACAAAAAGUAAUUAAAGUAAGAGUGUUAAAUUAACAUGUUUGAGUUGUUUAUUCAAUGCGGGUCGUUCCCAUUCAAUAUGAAGGGUUUCUUUGAUCUUAAGUUGGAAAUUAGUAAGAGCCGAGUCUAAGAUGGAAAAACAAUUAAAGGAGCAUAGACUCUUACAUGACUCAGAACCUUGAAGAUGUUUAUAGAUAUGGGAAUUGCGAUCCGAGAGUAAGUGCUCACGAACCCUGGUGCCGAAAUGUCUAGUGGUUUCACCGACAUAACAGGUAUGACAUCCUACACAUGUAAAUUUGUAAACCACCUAAAAAGAGUCAGUCACCAACCUCUCCUCUUGCCAGCUCUCUUCCGAGGAACUGGACGCACUGAAAAAUGGUUUGACCCAUUCAAUCUGCCCUCCACAUCUUCGCAAGUCUGACAUUUAUACAUGCUUUGAACUCAUUCAUAUCAGCUGGAUUUCUUUUUGCGAGAAAAUAGGUAGAAUGACUUCGACAAUAUAACAUAUUCUGUUACGAAAAGG